UCAGUACGACCUGCAAACUGGAAUUGGAAGUAGAGUGGAAUGUUGUGAUGCAAAGACAAGUUGACAAGUGGGAAAUGUUUUGGUGUCAAAACGUUCAUGUUUUAAGAGACUUCGUCGGCGUGUACUUAAGAACAGUGUUGUUGAGGAUCUGAUGCUGUAAAUUAACCUGCCUGGGAAGAAUCUGUGGCAGAAAUGUCAGAAUCACUGGCAUCUGGUUACCAGAGAAACUAUGGAUCAACAAGUACUGUACCGAAUGUUGAAAUUGUAGGUCAGCAGUUCAAUUCAGAAGCAGUAAAGCAUUUAUCAGAGAGUGUUGCAACGAAUAUAUACACCAUUAACAAUGGCUGGAAAAAUCUGGAACAAGCAUACAAAAGUAUUGGAACUGACAGAGACAGUCAAGGCCUCAGGGACAAAGUGCAUGUCACACAGUUGAGUUGUAAUCAGAUAGUAGCACAAACUACAAAAGAUCUUCAUAAACUUACAUCUCUUGUGAGAAAGGGAGACAAGCAAAAUAAGCUUCGUGUUGAGAAAUUAACAAGUGAUUUUAAGGAAGCAUUACAAUGUUACAGUAAAUUCCAGAAGCAAGUUGCAGAAAAGAUGAAGAUACACUUGCUCACAAGGCAGACGUCAACAACCAGUUAUAAUGAGGACACAGAACAAGCCUUUUUUGAGCAACAAGAAAAACUGGCAGCCCAGAAGAAUUUACAGAAAAAUUUGGAAUUUGAAACAGAAAUGCUUUUGGAGAGGGAACAGACAAUGAGAAAGAUAGAAGAAGAUGUUUUGGAUAUAAAUGAAAUAAUGAGAGAGUUAGGUGCAAUGGUGCAUGAACAAGGUGAAACUAUUGAUACAAUUGAAGGCAAUAUAGAAAAUGUCCAUGGUAAUGUAGAGGGUGGACGAACAGAACUGCAGAAGGCUGAAGGAUAUCAGGCAAAAUACCGCAGAAAAAUAUGUGUGCUGGUCUUUAUAGCAUUGGUUAUCAGCAUCAUAUUGGCAGUUGUUAUCGCUGUAGAAGUCAGGUCAAAGUAAUGCUCUCAGAUAACUGUAUUUUUAAUGAAUGAAUUUGCUAGGAAACAAUCAUGUUAUGCGAGUGGCAUGCAUUUUGAAAGUUGUAUGUUUAUAACAUGAGAAUAGUUUGUAACAUAGUGAUUAUAAGGUUUUUAAACACUUUUUACUUGUAUUCUAAAUAUUGUUCUUUGUUUAUAUAGCAUCAUACUGCUUUGUUAAAGAUUGUGCCAAGCUUGAGCAUCCAAAAGACUGUAUAUAGAAAAACAAACACACACACACACACACACACACACACACACACACACACACAGGAAAAAGUACGUUUUUGUCUAAAGCCAUUUACUGUGAGAGUGUGCAUAGUGUAUUAAAGUAUGUAUUCCAUGAAAACAUUUUAUAUUGAAAAAAUUAUCAAAAUAAAUUGAGUAUUGGUAGACUGUU